AUGUCUGAGGAUAACAAUAUAAUGAAUUAUAUUGCCAAUCGCGAAAAAGAGCCUUCGGCUCCUUCUAUCCCAACAACGCGUCCCAGAAAGUCUGAAUCGCCCAUUGCAGACGAUCUGGACGUUCCAGUGAUCCCUUCCUCCAGACCUAAGCGGAGGGAAACAGUAGACUCUGACAAAAAAGACUCAUCUUCUGUGCCAGAGUUACAACCAGCUCCACAGAUCCCAACAAGGAGACCACGCAAAAUCAAUUCUAUCUCAAGCGAGUCCAGUCUUCCCGCCGAGCCUUCCCCUGAUACCCCCACCUAUCAGACUGUGUUGGAAAUAUAUGACGAGCAAAGUCCAGAACAGCCACGCAAGGGACAAAAGGAAGGAAGCGAACCGGCUGCUUUCGAACCAGCAGAUUCUGUUCAUCCAAAUCUUCCAAUUGCUACGGAGUUGAAGGAGAAUUCUGACGAGCCUGAUCAAAAAGAUGACCUAGGUCACACGAAGCCCGAAUCAACCGUGUCUGACUUGAAAUUUGAGUCUGUUGAUGAUAUCGAGCCUGCUCUGGAAAAGUCUUCCGAGACCAAGAGUUUGGAACCAGAGUCUUUUUCGGAAAAAGUGAGCUCCAUUUCAGAUGUGUCAGAGCUGAGUCCCCUGGAGACUGAAAAAGCUGAGGAGGAACCAGCUGAUUCUCCUGAACUCGAGCUCGCGAAAAAGGACGUCGAUUCUAAAUCACCAGAACCAGAAGAGGUCGAAGAGCUCAAAGAACAGCAACCUCAGGAAUCUGAGGAACCUAAGCAGCUCGAGAAAUCUCAAGAGCCUGAGCUCGAGCCUACAAUUUCUGUCACCGAGGGUUCGGAAAAGGGAGAAACCGAGACAACAAAACAGCCAGUGGUGUCAGAUUUCAUCGAGCCCAGCGAACCUGCUGAGCCUACUGAGUCUGUGCAUAUUACUUCUGAUGAGCCAACGAAAGUGUCGAGGUCAGUUGAUUCUGAAAUCGCUGAGACUCCAAACCCAGUAGAAAAGGUGACGCAAGAAACACCUUCUGUGAUUCCCGAACCAGCAUCCUCCAAGUCUGCGUCUCCUGCUCCACCGAGCGAGGCUACUUCGGGAAAAUCUUCCGAAGUGAGUCAAAGCAUAUCAGCAAAAUCCUCCACAGACUCGAACAAGCCUGUUGUUCCAAAGAAACCGUCUUCCAAGAUUGCUGCAUUCCAGCAGAUGCUUGCUGAACGUCAGCAACAGGAUAUGGGCUUCUUCAAGCCAAAACCUCCUGUUCCAACUAAACGUCCCACAAGAAAGAAUACGGAGGACGCUGAGGAGCAGCAGCAUUCUGUUCCUGCUGCGGCCCCAAAACCAAUGAUGGGAUUCCCUCUCCCUGGAAUGGCGUUUCCAGGAAUGCCUGGAAUGCCUCUUCCUGGAAUGGCUGCUUUCAGACAACCAGAAACAAACGAGAGCAAUGAACAGGUUGCUGAUGUUAGAAAAGGCAGGGUCAAGGGACCGCGUGGACGUAAGUUGCCUUCUACGGUGAAAGACAAGGUUGAAGUGAAUGAAGAAAGUUUGGGAAACAAAUUGGACCUCUUUGUGGCGCCAUCAUGGAGCCUAGAUCUGAGAAAGAAGAAGCCUGAGCCCGAAGAAGAGAAGGAGUUCUUUGACGCCGUUGAUGACUCUAACGAGUCUCCGGAACCGGCCGUUGAUGAAACUCCUGUGAAGGAGAUACAUCAGGAACCACAAAAUGACUACUUGGAGAAAGAAGAGACUACAGAAAAAGAAACCGAAACUGACCCAGAGCCCCAAGAUAAGCCAGUCACAGAAACAGCUACCGAGCCAACUUUGGAGAAGACGGAGUCCAUCAAGGAGCCUGUAAGCGAAUCAGAGCCAACAGUUACCAAUCUAGAAGGAGACGCCGAGUCGCUGACCAAAAAAGAAUUUCUGGACGAGUCGGACUAA